CAAUUGCUCUGCACUCCUACAGAUGGCGCAAAUGCGCCUUAAAGCGGUUUGUAAACUACCAGAAAACGUAAAAGAAGAAGAUGAUCGCCUUGAGAAGAUGUAACAGAAGAAAUCCAAUAAUAAAUUGAAAUCUAUGUGCUGUACUAUUGUAAAGAUGGAGUUUGUUAAAGAGGAGACUGAAGAUAUGAGUGAUCCAGAUCCAUCCAGAAUAAAACAGGAAGAUACUGAGGAACAAAUAGACUGGAUAGAGAUGAAACCACAAAGACAUGAAAUUAAUGAAGCAGAAAAGGAAUGUCACAAUGUCAAAACUCAAAGAAACUCAAAAGAUAAUAAGCCAUACAUCUGCUCUCAGUGUGGAAAGAGUUUUCAUUAUAAAGCAAACCUUAAUAGACACAUGGCAGUUCACCAUGGAGAAAAACCGUUUACAUGCGCUCAGUGUGGAAAAAGUUUCAGAGAAAAAGGAAACCUUAAUGCACACAUGAGAAUUCACACUGGAGUGAAACCAUUUAACUGUGAUCAGUGUGGUAAACAUUUUCUUUCAUCUAAACAUUUAAAACAACACCAGAAAGUUCAUUCAGAUGAGAAACCUUAUGUGUGCUCUUUCUGUGGAAAGAGAUUUUCACGUCUGGAUCAUUGUAAACAUCACCAGAAAACACAUGAUGAAGUGAAAGAUCAUGUGUGUUCUGACUGUGGGAAGAGCUUUACUACAUCUGACAAUAUGAAACAACAUCAAAGAAUUCAUACUGGAGAAAAACCUUACAAGUGCUCAUAUUGUGACAAGAGAUUUGCUCAGUCUAGAAACCUGAAAAUACAUGAGCGAGUUCAUACUGGAGAGAAGCCGUACUACUGUACUCAGUGUGAGAAGAGAUUCAUAAGUGCCAAAGGUCUCAGUUAUCAUCUGUACAGUCACACUGGAGAAAAACCAUUUAAUUGUGAUCAUUGUGAUAAAAAGUUUAAAACAUCAGCAUAUCUAAAACUACACAUGGUAGUUCAUUCAGAUGAGAGGCCUCACUUGUGUCCUUUCUGUGGAAAGAGUUUUUCAAGGCUGAUCACUUGUAAACAGCACCAGAAAACACAUGAUGAAGUGAGAGAUCAUGUGUGUUGUGACUGUGGGAAGAGCUUUAUUACAGCUGGCAAUCUGAAACAACACCAAAGAAUUCAUACUGGAGAAAAACCUUACAAGUGCUCAUAUUGUGACAAGAGAUUCAGUGUGUCUGGACAAUUGAAAUCACAUGAGCGACUUCAUACUGGAGAGAAGCCGUAUCACUGUACUCAGUGCGAGAAGAGUUUCAAAGAUGGAACAGGUUUCAAAAAUCAUCUGCGUGUUCACUCUGGAGAAAAACCAUUUAACUGUGAUCAGUGUGAUAAAAAGUUUAUUACAUCAUCACAUUUAAAAAAACACCUAAACGUUCAUUUAGAUGAGAAGCCUUAUGUGUGUCCUCUCUGUGGAAAGAGUUUUUCAUGGCUGAACAGUUUUAAACAGCACCAGAAAACACAUGAUGAAGUGAGAGAUCAUGUUUGUUGUGACUGUGGGAAGAGAUUUACUAGAGUUGACCAUCUGAAACAGCACCAAAGAAUUCAUACUGGAGAAAAACCUUACAAGUGCUCAUAUUGUGACAAGAGUUUUACUUAUUCUGGACAACGGAAAUCACAUGAGCGAGUUCAUACUGAAGAGAAGCCGUAGACAGAGUUUCACCCAAUCAAAAAUGUAUAUUACGAAACAUUGUCACACUGAACAAAUCUUAUCUUCAGAUCUAGUGCUUUCAGGUAAAUAAUGUGAGAUUCAGAUAAAAUAAAAUUAUAGAAAUGCCACAAGAUUUAUAGAGAUGUUUUGUCGGGCAAUAGAAUAUGUAUUGUCCCUUUAAUUUAUAAAUUUGAAUUUGUUGUUUGUAAUACCCUAUGUAAAAUUAGAGAAAUAAAUGUAACAAAAACCUACAA